AUGACUGCACAAAAACCAAUUCCUGCAGAACUACUUUUAGUCAUCAACUUUCUCAGAAAUACUUCAGAAUCCGAGUUUCGGCUGCGUCAAGGUUUUUUAAAUGGAAAGAGAGUCGAGUUCUUCAAGGGCAAGCAUGCUGUAAAUGCUCUUCUUCGCGAGCCCUAUAGAAAAGAUCCAAAAAGACCCACAGUCGCAGAUAGAUCAGCUGGUGAAGCCAUGAUCUCAUCGCUUCUUGAUCAUCAUGUUUUUGCACCAGCUUCCAAAGAACCUAAAAGUCAGAAGCUUGGUCUUGUGCCGCCAGGAAAGCCAUUCGACGAGGAUGAUUAUUACGUUUGGGUAUACGAGGGUUCUCAAUUGACUGGCACGCUGAUUGGUGUUGGCAUACUUUUACUUACUUUUGCUGGCGUAAUGUUCCCAUUGUGGCCAGAGCCAAUGCGACAGGGAGUGUACUAUCUGUCACUUGGAAUGAUGGGACUUAUCGGUGCUCUUAUGGCUAUUGCCGUGUUGCGUCUCAUUAUCUGGGUCGUGCUGCUACUGGUUAUCGGCCAAGGCGGUUGGUUGUUCCCCAAUCUAUGGGCUGACGUUGGCAUCAUCGAAAGCUUUAUGCCACUAUGGGGAUGGGAUGAAAAGAAAAAGAUAAAGGGCUCAAAGUCCUCUUAGGCAAUCAGUCAAAUACAUUAGCAAGAGUGCAUCAUCAAUGGUAUUGUGGGAAUAAUUGCGAUUAAACAAAGGCGUAUAAAAUCAUGUCUUGAUUUGCAAUUGCUUAAAUUUUGGUCUACUUUUCCUUUUGAUCGUUUUUGUUCCGGUUGGUGAGAGUGGCAUUUUCGUUGUGGGCAGUGUCUGCUUUAACAACUUUGGAAGCAGGCAUGACUGGUGGUGGAAUUUGUGUAGCCUUUAUAGAGGAAAUGUCAAGCUCGAGCUGGAUAAUGCGAUACACAUCCAUAAAUCUACGAUACAAGACACUUGUUGACAGUUGCAACAAUCAGUCAUUACAUAAUCAUGAGCUGGAUGAUGCGUUUUGAGCGACAAUAUCCAAAAUUGGUCAAAAAACACUUACAGAAUCAUAAACAGCGUAAAUGCGCUCAUGUAUACGUUGCGUUGCGAGUAGAAUCGUUGGUAUUUGCUUUGAAGUUCUUGGUUUCAAUUUCAAAUACAUUAUGCCAGGUUAGUCUGGAUCUGCCACUUGAAUUGAAAUAGCAGACAUAUGAUCUUACCCAUGGUGUAUUCAGAACUUCCUGAAUGAUGGUUGUGAUGAUGACCAUGAUCAUGGGUCUCACUUUCCAGCUUAAACAAUCGAAGAACAUUGUCAGCAAACACUCCAGAAAUAAUCAAAAGUGCGAUCCUGGCUGUCCACACAGCAUAUUCAUUGCUUGAGAUCUUGCCAAACCAAUUCAUAGCAUCUUUGCGACUACAAGGAAUAAGAAUAUAGACAGUACAAGUCAACGUUAAAACAAGGCAAAAGUAUAAAGUGUGCAUGCAUAGAUGCUCAUAGAUUGAAGUAGUUCAAGACCAUUAAACUCACGUUUUUGCAGCAAUGAAUGAGAGUGGAAUCAAUGACAACAGAUAGAAUAAAACCUCAAUCCACAAUACAUAGUAAGUAAGUUUGUUAAACAGCGACAUGGUUUCUUAUUGAGUGAG